ACACCAGCUAUUAUGAUAAGGAUACCGUCACUGGUAUCAGGUAUUACCUGCGCAGAGCUUAUAAAGAGAUGCUUGAUGGUGCUUGAGGUACGACCAGGCUUGUGAACAGCACAGGGCAGCACCACGGAUAAGACGCAGACCUGAACUCUGAGUGAUUUGAAGUGGUCGUGUUUCUCUUCCAGACGCAGUCCUGUGAUUUGCUCAAAGAUGUUGUGUCUGUGUGUCUCGCUGGCUGCCCUGGUCCUUCCCCAUUACGCAGCAGCCCAGUACAACUGCAGUGCAGCGCUACAGAGAACCCCAGUCAAUGAUGAUAUGACAGUGGUUUGCGGACCGCAGUUCAUUACAAUGACUGUGAACCUGUGCACGGCGCUCUAUGCUGGCUUUGACCCCACGGGACUGGCUGUGAACAGCCGGCAGAAUGACUCUCAGUGCAAGGGACUCAUCGACUCCACAGUCACUCCUCCAGUCAUCAGAUACAGCCUCCCUGUCAAUGGCACCCUGGAUAAUAUCUGCAGCAACAGCAUUCAGAUCGUGAACGAGGGUGCAGGGACUGGCUUUCUCAGCUCCUUCUCAAACAUCCAGUCAGUUGUCAUCAGCGGCUACAUCGACACGCGCCAGUCCUCCAGCGGGCUGAUCAGCUACUCCACAGACCUGUACUACGGCUUCUCCUGCCGCUACCCUCUGGAAUACAUCCUGAACAACACACAGAUCAUCACGUCCUCAGUGUCUGUGGCUGUGAAUGGCAACAAUGGUACCUUCAUCAGCACGUUAAGCAUGAAGCUGUAUAAUGACUCUUCCUACACCUAUCCACUGUCAGUCCCUGAAACCGGCAUCCCUCUGAAGACUAAGGUCUUUGUGCAAGUCAGGGCCAGCAACCUCACUGCAAGUUUCCAUGUUCUGCUGGAUCACUGCUUCGCCACGCCGGAUCCUUUCAACAUGACGUUAACCGAACGCCACGACUUUUUCAUCGGCUGCUCCAAAGAUAACCAGACGACCAUCAUACAGAACGGGGACGGCCUGACUUCUCAGUUCCGCUUCGAUGCCUUUCGAUUCCUGCAGCACAGGGACAGGAAAGUAUCCAGCAUCUACCUGCACUGUGUGACCAGACUGUGCCAGCCCUCCACCUGCAAGGAGCUCAAAGCGGCCUGCACUAACACUACAAGAAGGAGGCGUGAUGCUGAGACACAGCCCUUGGGCUCAACAGAGACCGUCACUGUUUCCGCUGGACCCAUCUUCACCAAAGAGCUCGACACUCUGGGUGAGAUCUCUGCUCAGCAGUCUGUUUACCACGAGACAUUGCAGGAAACUCUGACCGGCCUGGUUGUUGGCGUCGUUUUCGCUGUCCUGCUGGCGGUCGCUGCGGUCCUGGGAGGCUGGUUCAUGUUCAAGAAAUAUCACGUGGGAGCAAGAAAACCAGGACUGGAGGGAUACCCCAACCAGGGCUUCAACUGACCUCCCCAACACAUCCCAUAUUCAUACAGCUAGAGCACACGGAGUCUGGAGUGGAGGUGGAAUGGAGGCGGAAUGGAGAUGGAAUGGAGGCGGAAUGGAGAUGGAAUGGAGAUGGAAUGAAGUCUAUGUAAUUAUUAGAAUUGCACUAGUAAUGCUAUGUAUGGUAAUUUUGCACUUCAUAGAGGCAGUGAACCAGUUUGUAAUUUGAUUUGUUGUCUGUUCAUUUCCGUAGUGUUCAGGGUUCUGCUUCAGGGAUAGAGUGCUGCUAUAUCAGCUUUCAUUUCUAAGCAUCGUGUCACAGUUACUGCUGGUGUUGUUCGCUGGGGUUUGGGUUUAGUUUUUUAUGAUUGUGGAAACUGAUUUACUGCAGCAUGAAGCUAAUCUAAAUGAGGGGGGGGGGGCUGUACUGCAUCCUUCUACAAUAACAGCGUGUUCGCACACACACACACAUAUGUAUCUAUCACAGUUGAAUUCUAUAUGGUCUUCUGUACAUUGUAAUCCAUUAGCUUUGCAUUGUAUCUCUAAAUAAAGCCUCUGUAUGCACAAUG